AUGCCUGAAGUCAAUACCAGCACCAAGGCUGGCCCAACCCAGCUAUCAUUCUUCCAGGCCAUUUUCACCAACAUGAAGGAAACUCCUGAUGUGGACUGGGCUGUUGUGGCAGCAACAGCUGGCUACAACUCCCCAAGCACCGCUCGCUUUCGCUUCGGACAGAUCCGACGAGAACUCCUCAAGAAAGACGGAUCAGCAGAGCCGAAGUCUCCCUCGAAGCCGCGUGUAAAGAAAGAGACUCUCAAGAACGAGAUUGGUAGUGGCACAAAUCUGUCUCCUUCCAAGGUUGCAAAGUCUAUUCCAAUGAGGGGAAGGAGCAAGAGCGUGGGAGUCAACUUUGGACGUGGAAACAAGGGUAACGUGGUGAUGGAAGAAAUUGCUGGGGAAGAUGAAGAAACAGAGAGAGCCGACGAUGCUGCUGACGAGAUGGAAUGGUGA